CUAGGUGGCGAUAUGUAGCUAAACGGAGUUGACAUCUAUCAACGAGCAAGAAGCUUGGAUCGAGGAAGAAAAGGGGAAAGAAGGUGUGUUACCAGGAUAAACUGCUUGAAUUACGGCGAGGUGUCUGCAGUUGUAUUCCUUGUCGUCAACACGAUGGCGUGCUAUGAUGGGAGUAAAAGGAGCUUGGAAGAAGACAGUUUCACCGCCGGGACAGAGUUGUCCAGCUGUGCUUUGGCAAUGAUGGCGAGGGAACGAGAAUCCCUGCCAAGUCCUUCAGAGAGUCCUGGAGCCUUCAGCAACAGCGUCAGCAACACAUCUUCAAGUCUUCAAACGGCUGAACUUACACAAGGUUACGAUGUAGAGUUUGACCCACCUCUGGAGAGGAAAUAUGAGUGUCCCAUCUGCCUCAUGGCUUUGAGGAAUGCCAUUCAAACACCUUGUGGCCACCGCUUCUGCAAGAACUGCAUUAAGAAGUCGAUCAGGGAUACAGGACAGAGGUGUCCCGUGGACAAUGCAAUGCUGUUAGAAGACCAACUAUUUCUUGACAAUUUUGCCAACAGAGAAAUUCUGUCCUUAACAGUCCGAUGCCCGAACACUGGCUGUAUAAACAAGAUGGAACUGCGGCAAUUGGAGAAUCAUUUGAAACAAUGUGAGUUUGCGACUGCAGAGUGUCCACAGUGCCAACACUCUGUGAUGAAAAGUGACCUGGAGAAUCAUAAAACUUUAGAGUGUCUGAGGAGACCUGUGUCGUGUCCAGACUGUGUCGCCUGCUUUGUUUAUGAAGAGAAGGAGCUUCAUGAACAGCAGUGUCCUUUUGCCAAUGUUAAGUGCCAGUACUGUGACCUGGAUUUGAUUCGAGACCAGAUGGAGUCCCAUUGUGAAACAGAUUGCCCAAAAGCGCCCAUUAUGUGUAACUUCAGUGACUUUGGUUGCAAAGAAAGGAUGCAGCGCCAUGAUCUGGCUCAACACAUGCAGGAGUUCACUCAGAUGCACAUGCGCUACAUAGCAGACUUCUUAAGUGGCCUCAAUCUGAGCAGCACUGCGCCCAGGUCACUCCGCGCCCUUGGUUCCUCUUUGUCCUGCGAAGACCAAGGGGCGGCGUCUGUACCAGCCUUUAGACAGUCCAUCAGUUGCAACAGCAACUGUGCGGUGGGUCAGCAGAGCCAGGAGAUGCUGAGGAUCCGUGAGAUGGAUGCCCGGUUAGUUAAACAGGAUCAUCAGCUGCGGGAGCUCAUCAUCGUGAAAGAUAACCAGGCAGGACAGCUUGCAGAGCUCCAGCGAAAAGUGUCAGCACUUGAGGAGACUGUGAAGGAGCUGGAGGCCCAGCAGUGUCAUGGUGUCUUCAUCUGGCCUUUGAAAAGUUUCUCUGCCCUGCUGAGGAACCAAGAAGCCGGCCACCCUGUCGUGGAGCACAGUCCAGGCUUCUACACUGGUCACCCAGGCUACAAAUUGUGUCUGCGUUUACACCUGCAGACUCCAAAUGCCCCGCGCUGUUCCAACUUCAUCUCUCUCUUUGUUCACACUAUGCAAGGAGCUUUUGAUGGACUGCUUACUUGGCCAUUUCAGGGCACCAUCCGGCUAGCCAUCCUCGACCAAGGCCCGGAGGGUCAGCACCACAUGGAGGUGAUGGAAACCAACCCGGAGCUGCAAGCGUUUCGGAAGCCCACCAUGUAUCGCAACAACAAAGGGUUUGGCUAUGUGACUUUUCUGAAUUUGCAUCAGUUGAGUCAAAGGGCCUUUGUGAAGGAUGACACGCUUCUUAUCCGCUGUGAGGUCACGCCGCGUUUUGACAAUAUGUUUCACCGUGAGGGGCCUGCCAUGCAGCCAAGAGGGCCUGAGGUCAAACCGCUAAAUUUUGAGUUGCCAAACUGAAGCUUUUACCCAAGAUCCAGACAUCUCACUUGCUGCUCAUAUCAAUAUGAACUUACGCUUGUAGUUGCUUCCGCUACACUGUGUGCCAACUUUUUAAAAAGAUUACAAUCAUUAAAAUUCUGGAGAGUCUUAUCAAUUCAAAGGUACAGUUCAUGAUAAAAUGGUCUACUUGCUCUUUCUCUUUGUGUGCAUUUCAUUAUCUUGAGGAUUCUAUGUACUGAGUGAGUUAUUUAUUAACUUAAAACUGGACUUUUAAUGUUCUUUCUCUGUUGUGAGCAGAAGUCACUUUGAACAAACGCUGUUUAGCCCAGUGCAUAUUGUGUUCUGUCGAGCAAUUUUGAUCAUUAUGGUUUUUCUGUAUACAUGCUUGGAUGCCUUGACCCUGAUAAACAGGGUAGAAAUAUCGACAGAAUAUAAACCUCUUUAGAACAAAUACAACAGUUACUUGUGUUUUUGGGUGAUGCUUUUAUUCUGUCUGGAAACAAACCUAUUUCAGCACAAGAUGACUUCUGAUGGAACUGGACAAAAAUAAUCACAACAAUUUCAUUUAGUAAACGACUGUUUUGAGAAUUGCGUCAAGGUGACCAUAAAUGUCAAAAUUUUAAAAGUGAAACAUUUCAAAAGUUAAGUAUUUAACAAUAAUGCCACGUACAAAUGUCAACUAAUCAUGGAAAAACACUGUAGUCAAGUUACUAAAGUCAAUAUGAGUAUAUUCUCAAAAGAGCUUGACAAAAUGUGUCACAUAUGGAAUUGGUCAGUGGUGCAUGAUGCUGCUGCGAAAGUCUUCGUAUUCCAAAACUGUGAGUCCAGUAGAGGAACCACAAAGCACCGAAUUGACCUGAUCCAAAAUACAACAGUAAUGUAGCCCUGCUUUAGCAGAUAUUUAGUUGACCAAUCAUCUGUGCCUUUUGUUGUGUAGAAACAAUUUUAAUAAAGAUAUUUUCUUCUGUUAUAAUUGUUUUUCUUUUUUUAUUGUUUAUUUCUGCACAAUAACCUGCUUCAUUUGCCAGAUGUCUGCUGGUCCUGGUUCACUUUCUCUUCUCGCUCUGAGUGCCCUGUCAAAGUUGCUGCAUUGAAAUGGUACAAAU